AUGGCCAGCCUUGGCCUGACCGCAAUGGAGCCCUUCUUUGCCGCAUCUCCCGGACAGUCCACAUUGCUCGCUGAGCAGAUCUGGGCUCUCACCAAGUCCGGAGAGAAGAAACCCUCCCCUGCAACACCUUCUCCAUUCAAGCCAUUGGGCAUGCCCGCUACACAGACCCCUGGGUUUUCUGCUGCCUCUUCUGGAAGACCUGCUUUGCCAAAGCUUUCUCCCACCACUAGCCCCUUGCGCCUGCCUGUAUCCUCAUUGCGCAUUCCCAGCAGCAAGCUGCAAGGCAUGAAGUUGUACGCAGGUCUCCAAACUCUGCUGCAAAAGCACAGGCAACAGGAGGAGUCUCAGGGGCCAUUGGAGGGUUCUGGCAUCAAGCUGCUGACUAAGACCGCACUGCAGCAGCCGCUUGUGCAUUGUAUAAGCUAACAGGAGUGGGUUGCAAGGGCAGAGAGCUUGUGUAGCAAUGCACAAGGCCUAGCCGGAGCAUUUUGCAUGCCACCUGAGCUUGGGAGGAGUAGCCCCACUCAUGCUUACCCUAAGUGCAAAGGAGCAUCUGAGCACCAAAUCUGCAGACAAUUUGGCAAGGGAAAGGUAGCAGGAAGAGACAUGCGAGUAGAGACCAGGUAAACAAGCUGAUCCAAGCUGCCUUGGCUCAGCACAAGGCUGACCAGGAGCACCUCCAAAAGGAGGUUCAAAUCAAGUGUGAAGAGCUGGAGGAGAAGGUAGAGGUGCUUGCAUCAGAGAAUGAGCGCCUGAAGCUUGCCAGCAAGUUUCAAUGGAGCAAGUACCUCAUCUUUGGACUGGUGCUUGCUGCUGUAGCAGUGACAAUGAUCACUCUAUGGCACUUUGCUGGAGAUGAGCUGACCGAGUGGGCCCGUCAUCCCAACAAAGUUCCAGAAUGGCUGGUGGACUACCUCAAGCUCUGCCCAACAGUCACCAUCGAGAUUCCCCCUCUCCAUUGGCUAGACAAGGCCAAGCUUGGUGUCUCAAACUUUGUGAAACAUACCUUCUUUUGCCGUCUCUCGAUCAUCCACCAAUGCCUCCAACGCCAAUCAAGUUCACGGACGUUUUAGGUGACCUUGGGGCCAAAUUCUGGCAUGUAGUCCUUAGCGCCAACAAGGACUGGAUCUGCGGGUUGAAGGACUGGAUCUGCAGGUCAACAAUACCAGCUUCUUGGAAGCAGAAAGGCUUCUCUCCGCUGCCUCUCAAUUAUGCACCACUGCCUCCAACACCAAUCAAGUUCAUGGACGUCUUAGGUGAUCUUGGUGCCAAACUCUGGCAUGCAAGCACCAAGAAGAACUGGAUUUGUUGGUCAACAAUACCUUCUUGGAAGCAGAAAGGCUCCCAGAUGGUUAUGGCGCUCUCUGACAAUUGGAAGGAAGGGGUCUUGAAGACCAUUGCUUCAAUGCUCUCUAUGAAAUGGAAGGAAGCAGCAUUGUUGGCAUUCCUGCGGUUCUCAUGGUGUGAGUAGAUUGCAAAGGUCCUGAGCUACCUCAGCGCAUACUACUUCUCAUGUAAUUGCGGACUCUCCGCUGACAUUGCACCAUUGCUCUUUUGCUCAGCAACACCCACAUUGGGUUCAUUUGCCAUUGGCAGGAUGUUCAACACUCUCUUCAUGCUCAGACUCAGCAGAUCAUUGCUGAACAGCAUCAGGAGAUGCAGCGUCUCUGCCUCACUUUCAGUGGCAAGCUUGCCCAGAUUCAAGCCCAACACAAUGCUGAACUUGUGUCUCUUUGCAAGCGCCAAGAGAUGGACCUUGCUGCUCUUUGCGCAGAGAACAAGGAAUUGAAGCGCAAGACCAAAGAGCUUGAAGUGCCUUGA